CAGAGCUCAAGUCAGAAAGGCAGUCCUCUGUACGAGUUAUGAUCUUGGUUAGAGCCUUUGUAUUGUCCCUUGCUUCUGCUAGAUUAAUUUUUAAUUCAGCAAGAUCCUGCUGAAUUGCCUUUAUCUUGGGACUAUGUGUAGAAGGGUUAGCUUGAGGUGAGCUGAAAAGACUGGGAACUUUGACCAGGACAGGGGAAUUAUUGCAGUUUCUCCUAGAGCAGGGUGGUCCGAACUCCAUGUCCACAAAGCAAUGCUGGGCAGCAAGGCAAUAAAAACUUAGAUGAUCAGUCAGCCUUGAGAGGUGUGAGAGAAUAGUGGCUGUUUUAAAAGUGAGAAAAAGUCUUUUGUAACCAGCUCUAGAGGGAAGGAAAUGAAAAUCUUUCAGUUCUAUGGUGUCUAGUUACAGCAUUAAAAGCUCCGAUAAUGAAGCCAGUAUGGAUUUCUUAUUUGCCCAAAGUCGGGAGUCUCUCCCCGGCAGCUCAAUGAGGACUUGGUGUGGUUGCAGGACUCUAUGAUAACUUUGUCUGAUGCCAGCAUCCGGUCGAGGUGGCAGUUUUCGAGCCCAUACAAUAGGGGCAGGGGCUGGCUGGAGAUUACAGUCUGUGUGUGGGCAUUGCCCCUGAGUCAAUUGUUCUGUCAAGCCUGAGUUUGUCUAACUUAGUAGAGAUUUCAUUCAGUUUAGAUGUUAAUGAGAUUAACGUCUGGGCUGUCAAAAGACAUGUGUCUCCAAGGUAAUGAGCGAGGAGUUCCUGGGGGAGAUGAGUGUCAGAAAUGGCAGAUUUAGGAGCCCCUUUUCUCUGUUCCUGGGGAUGUCUCCAGUCCGGUCAUUUUGCUGGAUCGGAGGUAUUUGGAUUUAUCUGCAGCUCCCCUGAGCAGUCCUUGUUGGGUUGGGCUGGGAGGCUUUCUGAUUUAGCAGUGGACAGGGCUAUACAUCUGUUCUUAGUAUGUGGGAUGGUACUCACUGUUUCCCUUUGCUUCACUGGUGAAAAGAAGAGAUCUAGUUUAAGCUGUUUUCCCCUCCUCCUCCUUCCAGAUUGAGGAUGGGCACCGUUUUCAGUCUCAGGGCUUUCCCUGCUUCAUUUUUUCCCUUUUGAUGGCAUGAUGGAUCGAGGGACAGGUGCCCUUGGAGGGAAUUCUGUAAGAAGCCUUGUUAGGUAGCUGCUAGCUAAUCGCCAUCUUGGCUCCUCCCGUAGCUCCCCAGUUUAAUUCAUUCAAUACAGACUGCCCAAGUCAAUUCAUCCAAUACAAGCUCCCCAAUUCAAUCAAUCAAUAAAGGCUGCCCCAAUCAAUCAGUAAAGCAUCCCCCAUUCAAUCAAUAUAGACUCCCACAGUCAACCAAUAUAGGCUCCCAGAGUCAACCAAUAAAGGCUUAGUAAGGAGGUUGCCCAUUAACACCUGCCCCCAGUGCAAAAGAUGCAAAAAAACCCAAAAACUGAUUGGAUAUCACCCGGCCCAGAAAAGGCCCCUGGCCGCACGCUCCAUCACUGCUCCUUCUCGGUGCUGCUCGUUUGUCCACACUGCUUGCCUCCCUGAUGGUGUGUGGGCCCACUUGGCCCUCUGGCCCAGCCACUCCACUCAGGCCCAAACACUCCACCGGGCCCCAAACACUGCAGAGCACUGGUUCGGAUCCCCCCCCCGCUCGCAUUGGUCUGCCCACGUGGCCACUGGAUGAGCAACCGACCAGCGCUCCUUCCCCUUGCCUGGCUGCUGAGAGACUGACAAAAUGGCGGCAGCCAGGCAAGGCUUUUUCCCACCCCCUCUCCCAAUUGGCCAGUACUGGCCUUGUGGAGGGGGCCCAAGAUGUCAGCCGCCAUGCCUGCUUCUGAGGCCAGAGGCACAACCCCGCCCCCACCUCACCGCGCGGGCAUGGUUGUGAGGAGUGACAAUCCUGACAUUCUAUUGUUCUAUAGGAGACAGAUUAGUGGCCCCAGCCCUAAAGGUUUUUGUUGGGAAAGUUAUUGCCCAAAUUUUAUAUGGGAUUGAAAUCUGGGAGGGAAAAAACAAUGUUUUUAAAAAGUGGGAGGUUUGCCAAAAUAAAUUCCUGUGGAGUGUUUUGUAAUUACCCUCUGGGACCCCAGCUGCCUUCCUUAGAAUGUGUUCGGGGUCGAGCCAAACUACCCCCUGUUCGGUCUGACCCCGGACCAAACCCUGCCAGGGGUUCGCAAGUUUUUACCCCCUUCAUUUACACUCACCCCCCUAAGGGGGAGUUGUCUGAGCUGGUGGGUGGAGGGAGGUUCGCAGAGGUUCCUUAUUCCUCCCUUAUUCCUGAAAUUGGCCAUUCAAGCUGCUCUUCAGCUGGUUUUCGGCCUCCCCCCCGCACCACCACGGCAUGGUGGCCAUUUUGGAGGCUGCCGCACCUGAGCAAUAGGCCUCUGCAUGAUCUGGGUCGAGUAGUUACCAUUGGUAAACCAUUGGUAACCAUUGCUUUAACUCAUAUUCAAGAACUUAUGCCCCAAUUCUUAUACUCUACUUUGAUGUGUAAUAUCUUUAGGGUAUAGUGGACUAUAUUUUUCCCCUUUCAACUUAUCCAACUGAUUAAGGUUAAUACGGCCCCUACAUUAAUGUCUGAGAAACUCUGACUUCUAGCUGACCUGGAACGAAACUAGACCGGCUGUGAUCAUUAUACCGGGGGCGGGGAGUAUGGGGGCACAUGUCUUCCCCUACCACCGGCCAGCAUACCUUAACCUAAUCAUACAAGGGAAGGGCAUUCUUCUGUGCAUAGUUUGAAUACUCAGUAGCAUUGAAAAAGAGGAGUGGUUUGGAUUACCUUCACCUGCAUGUUGAAGUGACUGCACCAGGGAGGGGGAAAUUAAUGGGUUUGUGCUCCUCUCCCAUUUAACUAAAGGAAAGCUGUUGGAGUACCAUCUCAGCCAGCCCAUGGUCACUCUGAAAUGUCUUUCAUCAUAUCUGGAGAUUACUGAGGUUCAAAAUACCCAGAAGACUUCAUCUUCCAUGUCCGCUUCUGUUACUGCUGUAACAGAAAGCUCUUCUAAUGCUUCACUAAAAUCUUGAGUCAGAGGAGGCAAGCAAGCAAGCACAGACACACACUCACUGCAGACACACACAUUUACUGCAGACACACACGCACACACAUGGCACACCACACACACACUGCAUGCAAAUAUAUACACACACUGCAGACACACACUGCACACUACACACACACACUGCACACCGCACGCACACACAUACACUGCAGACACAUGCACACUUCAGAGACACACACCCCUCACCUGUUCUUUGCUAGCUGCCCCAGUCUCUAGCUUAACUAUACAAGCACCAUUGUGCAUGUAUAAUAACCAAGUUACCCUGGAAGUGGGAGCCUUAUAGCAAAAGCGGUUCUUAUAACCACAAGCAAAUAAAAUAUUUUAUUUUUCUUGAGUGAGUGAAAUUUAUGCAGGGCGGGGGGGGGGGGGUCCAAACAAGCAUGCCCCACAUUUUUCCUUUUUAAAAAAUGUGAACACUACAGGACAAUGAUUGGACAGGGGGAAUAUUUGCCACAAAUCUCAGAAGGGCAGUCAUAUUAGCAUGUUAUAAUGAAACAACAAAGUCCUGGGACAUUGUAAGAACUAAUCAAUGUCAUCUAGCAUGAACAUCCACAAGUAGGCACCCAUUUUAUCCAUUGUAAUUCAUGUAUCAUGCAAAGUGGAUGUUAGUCCACAAAGUGUACACUGUGAGAGAUUUCUUAGUAUUUAACUUGACACAGAAUUCUCUGAUACAUUUUUCUUCACAGCUCACUUAUUCGUCAGAACACUCGUGGUAUGCCUUAAAGAAGGUUCAGAAAAGCCUAGGGGAAAGGUCAUUAGCAAAAUGCAAUACACUUAAUAAUUAGGAAGUAAAUAGUAAAGUAAAGCUGUGCCCUCGAGUCAGUGUCGACUCCUGGCACCCACAGAAUCCUGUGGUUUUCUUUGGUAGAAUACAGGAGGGGUUUAUCAACCAAAUGUUGAAUUUGUUUGCUGUUGCUUUUCCUGCAGAAGAGAGAUCAUCUCGCUAUUAAUGUAAUGUAAACUGCCCUGAGCCUUUUGGAAGGGCUAUAUUAAAAAUUUAAUAAUAAAUAAAUAUUAGCACAUUAAGACACAGAUCUGAACUUGAGUAGCAGUGUACACAGUCCAUCAUCAGGAAGUUAACCAAAUCAGUAAAACUGUAUAAGCUUUUUAAGCUUCUGAUGAUGGACUUUGUACACUGCUACUAAGGGAUUCAUGUCAAUCUUUAACAGCAGUAUUAUCACUAAAAGCAGCAAUGCAUUUGGAAAUAAGGAAGCAACAGGUAGGGAAAAGAAACAGAGACCAGUCCAAGCAGAGAAAAAUCAGAAGGCUGUUCUAGCUAUAUCCUAUUACAUGUAUGAUCUGGAGAACUGAAGAUGCUUUAUGAAUGGAAAAGAGGAAUAUCCAGCACACCAAGGACACAACAAGCAAUUUCUUCUUUAGGAUUGCAACAGGAAGAGAAAGAAGGAGGAGCUUGGCCGAUUUGGAGAUUGUGUUUGGUAGUAGCUGCCUUUCUGAAUGCUGAAGAAUAAAUGGACCAUGUUCCUUUAGGGUAAACAGCUGAGGUAGCAUGGACUCAUGUAAUGCUCAUCUAGCAAUCGUUUCUUCUGUGGUGCCUUCUAGGUCACCCAAAGGAUUUGAAAGGAAUUCUAAGGCAAAGUGAAUUGGUGCUUUAAGAAUGGCACAGUGGGGAAAUGGCUUGACUACCAAGCCAGAGGUUGCUAGUUUGAAUCCCCGCUGGUAUGUUGGGCAGCAGUGAUAUAGGAAGGUGCUGAAAGGCAUCAUCUCAUACUGUGCAGGAGGAGGCAAUGGUCAACCCCUCCUGUAUUCUACCCAAGACAACCACAGGGCUCUGUGGUCACCAGGAGUCGACACCCACUCGAUGGCACACUUUACCUUUACCUUUUUAAAAAUUAAGUUAGAGCAGGCCUGCACAACAUAGGGCCAGAUCUGGCUGGCAGGGACUUUUUUCCUGGCCCCAGGAGUGGCCCAAAGUUUUCUGGUGCCCGAGGUGAGCUGCAAAAUGCUGCUUUGCCCCAUGGCCCUAGUGGGGGUGAGCCCCCUUCCAAAGUUAACCUUUGCAAGCUUUGAAAGUGCAUGAAAGGCUGGAAGGAAGGAGGGUUGCUAGCAGCCUCCUCUUCUCUCAUGUUGGGGAUAACCAAUAAUUCUGCUCAUUAGAAAGUUCGAUGCUUUCCUUUAUAUUUAAUAAUUCAUAUUAAUGUAAUCAUUAAUGUGCUGAACAUUGACAUUGGUCCCCACACACUAAGUCAUGGGUGGUUCUGGCCCACUGGGUUAUUUGGGUUGUGCGCCCCUGAGUUAGAGGUUCAGUCACAUGAAGGUCACACUGAAGAAGUAAAUGUACUGUUUUACUGCUAAACAAAUACAGCUUCCCUGCAGGUUCUCCCGAAGGGAUUUCAUUCUCAGUUCCUCCCCACCCCCUGCCCCCGCCCCCGCCACAAACCUCGGGGAUACUCUGUAAAUUCCCAUCUUUUAUGUUCUUGAUGGUUUUGCAGUUCUUCAUACAGAUGCAGUCUAGCUGUUUUGCUGGUUUCCUUCUUAUUUCCCCGAACAUGUGGUCGGGAUGCCUCAAGACCCAACAUUUUGCUGAUAAUGGCGGAUGAUCUUGGCUAUGGUGAUUUAGGCUGCUUUGGUAAUGAUACAAUCAGGACUCCUAAUAUUGACCAACUAGCAAAGGAAGGAGUAAAACUUACUCAGCACAUUGCUGCAGCUUCUCUUUGUACUCCAAGCAGAGCAGCUUUCUUGACUGGCAGAUACCCCAUCAGAUCAGGCAUGGCAGCCACAACUGAGCGACGUGUCAUCGCUCGGGCCGGUGGCACAGGAGGACUUCCCACCAAUGAAACAACAUUUGCUAAGUUAUUACAAAAGCAAGGUUAUGCCACUGGCCUUAUAGGAAAAUGGCACCAGGGUUUAAAUUGUGAAUCCCGCAACGAUCACUGCCAUCAUCCUUUAAACCAUGGCUUUGAUUAUUUCUAUGGCAAUCCUUAUACACUGGUAAAUGAAUGCCAUUCUAACAAGAAUCCAGAGCUUACCUCAAAAUUUCAACCUUCAUAUUCAUUUUACGCACAAAUCAUUGCCCUUUUGGUGUUCACUCUUCUGCUAGGUAAAUUUUUUGGUUUGUUUUCUGUGAAAUGGAAAUUAAUGACCUUCAUUACUUUGUGUGGGAUCCUAUUUUUAAACUCUCAGUAUAUCCAAUAUUUAUUUUUAAAAUGUUGGAACUGUGUUAUGUUAAGAAAUCACAUCAUUACUGAACAACCAAUCAAGCUCGAGCAUGCUGCCCCCAGGAUACUGAAAGAGGCCCUCACAUUUAUUCAACGGAACAAACAAGGACCAUUCCUUCUCUUUGUUUCUUUCUUACAUGUCCACACACCAUGUUACACCACAGAGAUGUUCCGUGGAACUAGCAGCCAUGGUUUAUAUGGAGAUAACAUAGAGGAGAUGGACUGGAUGAUAGGAAAAAUUCUUGCUGCUAUUGAUAAAGAGGGCUUGAGGAAUAGCACUUUUACUUACUUUGCAUCUGAUAAUGGAGGAAUUCUGGAGGCUAGAGAUGGAAAUGUCCAGCUAGGAGGCUGGAAUGGUAUAUACAAAGGUGGAAAAGGUAUGGGAGGCUGGGAAGGUGGCAUACGUGUGCCUGGAAUAGUCAGAUGGCCAGGAUUUGUCCCUGUUAACAUGGUGAUUGAUGAACCAACGAGCCUUAUGGAUAUUUAUCCCACAGUGGCUUACUUGGCUGGGGCAUCAGUGCCACAAGACAGGGUUACUGAUGGCAAGAACCAGCUAGCAUUAUUACAGGGAGCAACACAGCACUCUGAGCAUGAAUUCAUGUUUCACUACUGUGGAACACAUUUGCAUGGAGUACGCUGGCAUCAGAAGGAGAGUGGUGCUCUCUGGAAGGCCCAUUAUGUGACUCCAAACUUUACACCAGAGGGGGCUGGAGCUUGCUAUGGAACAAGAAUGUGUCCCUGUUCUGGAGAGAGCGUCACCCACCACAACCCCCCAGUGCUUUAUGACCUUUCACGUGACCCUUCUGAAGCCAACCCUUUGUCACCAAGUUCGGAGCCUCUUUUUAACACAAUUGUAAGUCAAAUUGAAAGAGCAGUGGAAGAGCAUCGCAAGACACUCACUCCUGUCCCUAAUCAACUUGAUCUACCUAGUAAUCAAUGGGACCCAUGGUUGCAGCCAUGUUGUGGGAUAUUUCCCUUCUGCUGGUGUGAUAGAGAAAGUAGUAAUGAUGAUCACUGAAGUAUUUUUAAAAGCAAAUUGGCAGUUCUGUGUUGUGUCCUCAACGCUAUCUAGGCUAGAGGUGAGCAUAAUUUCUAUAGAGGCUUUAGCCUGCUUCUCCAUAUUCAACUUUUGAUUAACAUUUCUUUCUUUCUGUCUUUCUAAAUAUCCCAUUCUAAGGGGCACCAAGAAUAUAUCGGCACCUGCUAGUCAUCUAACUGACUUAAUCUCAAAAAUGUGUAGGGUGUUUACGUUAGCCCAAUUUAAUGUGCUUCCAUCUCUUGGUGGGGAGAUAUCAGAGGGUCCCUUAUCACAAACAUAUAUAUCCUUGUGAUGAGAGGGGGGAGUGGAAUCUGUAGGGCAUGUCCUUUUAUAUGGCCCUUUCUAUUGAGAUAUUCACUCAACCUUAAUUACACCAAUAUUAUUGUUACAACCAAAUUGUAAACAUUGCACAAUCAUAGUGAUGAGAUAUCUCUUAAAAUCAUUUUGUAUCCUUAUUAAUAAAGUGAGAUCUUCCAGAUAUUAAUAAA